AUGGCUUCCACAGCUUCCCCCGCAACCCCCUCCAAGCCGCAAGUCAAACAAAUCACCAACCCACGUCGCCUCCUAAUCCUCUCCCCACCCACGCAAUCAGUCUCCAUAAUUCCACCUCUCCUCCAAGAUCUCACCGAUGUCCCAGUUCGAGACCCCCCGCAACAGGAGCAAUCCCCUGCUGCCGCCACAACCUCAUCAUCCACCCCGCCCCAAGAUGGUGAUCCCGCACCACUCGACACAACAACCUCAUUCGCAGGAUACACAUCCCACAGCCCACUUCGCCUAAGCACAAAGUACUACUCAGCCGAGAUCCCAAUAUGGGUCGACGAGGUCCCCUUAGCCUCCCCCGAAAACGAGACAACAGCACCAGCGGCCGACGACGUGGUUGAUGUACGACAAUGGCGCACAGAAUUCCUCAGUGACGAAGCCGAGAUCGUCCGUGAUGCUGUCGGCGCGCUUCUGGUUUGCGUUAAGAACCCUAGCGAGACGGACCCGAGCCCUGGCUCUGAUCCACUAUCGCGCGCCGAUGUGCGCGCGCUGGUGGAUCUUAUGUCUCAUAUUGGGGCUGUGAAGGAGCGCAUUGAUGAGGAGCGUGGGGGGAUGGGUAUGGGUGAUGAUGUUCCUGGAGUGUUUGUUCUUGUUGGGGCACCGAAGAGUGCGGCGCCGGGGUCUACGUCCAUUUCCUCUCGAGGUGGUGAUUCUGACGAGAUGGGACUGGGACUUGAUGACGAAGAUUUGGGCAUUGCGGAUGUGCCAUUAUCUGCUGCUUGGUGGGAGGAUACUCUGCUCGAUUCAGGGUGUAUUGGAUGGGAAGUUGUGGAGUGGGAUCCCAAGGCGAAGGGUGGUGAGGAGACGAGGAAUAAGUUUGGAGAAUACGAGGGCAUGCCGCGCAUCAAAGAAGUGCUAGAAACGCAUGAUUGGAGCACUCCUGGGGCCUCGCGUGAUCCUGAUGCUGACCAGGAGCUGGAUCUUGAUUCUGAAGAUGAUCUUGAGACUGGCUUGCUAGGUGGUAGCAAGUCAUUCACUCGCGGUUUUGGACAUGAGGUUCAUGAGCUGGAGCGUGAGAUGUUUGGUUUGCGCAUGGCAAUUCAAAACGGUGGUGGCGAUGGUGAAGACGGGGAUUUUGCCGAAUUCGGCGACUUCGAGGAUGGGGAUGAUGAGGAUGAUGAAAUCAAGGUCGAGUCUAUGGAAGGAUUGAUGAUGCGUGUGCAGGCGAUCAAAGAUAUGAGCGCCGAUUUACCGGAGAAUGAGCGUAAAAAGUUCGCUGCGAAAGCCAUUAAUGAUCUCAUGCGAGAACUAUAA